UCCCAAAUGGUGCUGGGGCGUUGUUUAAUAUUCUCCAGCCUCUGUAAGGUUAGAUAAGCCUGCUUGUUGAACAAGGGGAACCGUUGGGUCGGCGGAAUGCAACAGCAACCUGUGACCUUUGUCAUGCGUGUGAUCAUUGAUAUCCCUUUCAACUUUCUGUUACUUAAUUGUUGAGGGCAGCGAUUCUUGACAUCGGCAGCAUGUCGUACAAUUUUCAUUAAGCCAUUAAACCACCACAACCCUUACAAGAUAACGACAAUCUGUGUCUUAUAUAUAAUUUCAUGGAGUCGGAUCAAGAUGUUGUCUCUGCUCUUUUCUGGAAUAACACUACAUCUGUAGCGAUCGCUACACUGAUAUCCUAUGAAUACAUCCUGCAGUUCGACAAAGAGGUCAAGUUUGUCUGGGAACGACAGUGGUCACUGAUGACAUAUCUCUACCUUGCUGUUCGAUAUCUUGGUCUUUUCCUUGCAUUGGUUUGCGCGUUCUGGGGAGGUCUAUUGUAUAUGCCUGAACGAGUGAGCUAUGUUCUUGCUCUUUUAAUGGAAUGGGGUUUUUCGGCAUAUUUUUGCUUGGCGGAAGUCAUUCUCAUCUGCCGACUUUACGCCCUAUCCAACCAAUCCAGGGUCAUACUUUAUGUUCUACUGGGAUUGUUCAUACCUAUCGUGGCGCUCUCGAUAGGGAUGGAUGUAUUCUUAUAUAGUCGACCCGCAGCGUUCUCGGUGAAAGAAAUAAUAACUCCGCAAGCCAAGUACUGCACGUCUUCCUUCAACAUGGGGCCUAUGCCUGCGAUCUAUGCCUCCAUCCCCAUCUUAAUCUAUGACAUUUUUCUAGUUGUUCUCGCGGUAACCAUCCUCGUGAAACACCUUAAAGAACGAAGAGAAAUCAGAAUGAGGCCUAACAUCUAUGUCUUAAUGAUCGUUCGAUAUCACAUCAUAUACUUCGUCCUGAAUUUGACAAACCAAAUCUUAUUGGCAGUAUUAUGGGCCAACAUCCCGACGGCAGCGAUGAGUCUCUCACAGAUGUUCAUCGAUACCGCGCCAUUUAUUAUCGCACCCCGUCUAAUCAUCAGCAUUUGGGAUAUGCAUGUCGACGAAGAGUGCGUACGUAUCAGUACGGCGUUCGCUGAUUGUGUAUGUUGGACUUCGCCACCGCCAUUCGAGCAGCACGAGAUGGACUCCCAUGCAUGAUUGUUCCAACCAGGAUGGGGAAAUUGUGAUUUGCCCAGGAGGUACGAAUCAUUGUCAUGUUGGCAAGCAGGCAAAUCAGUA